AUGGGAAACAGAAUUGAUUGUUGUUACAACUUGCGUUGGUCCUAUCAAUGUAUCUUCCCCAGCAUUCGUUUUUGCACAUAUACCGGGCGCCGAGUCUGGUACAACUACGACGGAUCGGAAAUGGUCCAGCCCCUCGUGUAUCUAUUCCUCCCCCAGGCCACGCGCGUUAACACUUUGCCGGAAGAACUUCACGGAAUUAACGACGACAAAGAUAUUAUGUAUCAAGUGGAACAUCAUGGUGGUAUGUAGCCGGCGAUAAAAAAAUAUUGAUUAAAUGAACAAAAAAUACUGAAUGAAGGUGUGACGAGAGCCAAUGCGUAUAUUGUUGUAUUUGGUAUUAAUAGGAUUACGUUAUGCGUCGAUGUGAAUUUUUAAGUAUGUAGGCCAUGUAAGUUACUUCCUGGUUUAUUAAAGUGUCUCGAGCGCUCACUUUAAUAAAACAAGAAGUAACUUACUUAGCCGAACAUAUUUCCCUUAUGUACGCGGUCUCUCAAAAGUGUUUCAACAGGAAAGAACGACUUAACGAGUAAAUAAAACAAGCAAAGCGUUCCUUAAGCUUUCCUUCGAUGUUCCGCUGAAGACAUUUUAGCAUGCAGGAGCUCACAUGAAAGCGCCAAAUUGUAGUAAAAACUUCGGGCGAUUUCCUUGUGUCAAUCCCUUCUUUUCAUCAACCAAUGCAACUGCGCCCGCAGCUUUAUUUGUGAUGUCAACUUACUACUAUAUAUUUACUCUUAUGAAAUAAAGUUUGAUUUAUCACCGACAACCACACAGCCUAAAAAGCUUGACUAAGCCCUAAGAACGGCUGGGUGAAAGGCUACUACUAAGAGCGCUGUCAAGGCUGACCUAACACAUAGUUUAAAGCUCUAGAUUCAUUCCCAAGUUCAAAAUUUAUACUUCCUUGUUCCAGGCCUAUUAAAUCCGCUUUGCCCUAAGAACUCAUGGUAAAAUAUGGAUGGCCUUCGUUUUAGAUCGCCACCGGCAGAGAAAAAAUAUUGCGGUAAAAGACUCGUGAAAAAGAACUGUUGACUACGGUGAGAAGAGAAAGCUGCAAUUAGUUAUUAAUUUUUUUUACUUAGGCCUUGACAGCCCUGGUCAGAUUGCCGCUGUAUGCAAGUAUGCCGCGGAUAACGACUACACUAUUCGCGCUGUUGGCACAGGCUCGUCAUGGUCUCGUUUGACGCACACUCGAGACAUACUCGUAGUCAUGACAAAUUUGAACAAGAUUCUAGAACUUCAGCCAGUAACGGGAUCGUAUAAUGCAAACGAGGAAUGUGUUGACGUCGAAGUCGAGGCUGGGAAGCUCGUUGUUGAUUUUGUUGAGGAACUGGACAAGAAACAUGGCCUGGCGCUUAAUAUGAUGGGGAAUUACGCUGGCCAAACCGUGGGAGGUGUAGCGAACACUUCCACUCACGGAUCAGGGAUUUUCAGUGGAACCAUGGUAAGGUGUUUCAGCUCUUAGAUAAACAAUGAAAAGUUGGAAUGAGGUUUUAAGCAUUAGUGCCUGUGGCUGCUCCCUGGUGCUGUGGAAUGGUUGGUGUCUCGGGAGACAAAAGCAUCCAUGCUGUCUCCUCCGCACAGGUUCCCGCAACGAUUCCAAAAAUAGUAAGCGCGCGUGGGAGCCUCCCUUUGACACAAAGAAGACUUUGCGGAGGACUGAGAGAGAUGGAUAGUAUAAAAUUGCAGGGCCCCGCUGAAAACCACUAAGGAGAGUGGGUUCCCUGAAUAAAUAUUAUUAUUAUUAUUAUUAUUAUUAUUAUUAUUAUUAUUAUUAUUAUUAUUAUUAUUGAUAUAAUUUGGCUGAAAAUAUCUCUGCGUCUGCCGAGAUAUGAUGAUCGUAAGUGUGCCUACGGUGACGGCAUUCAUAACUGCCCCAACCACCUUGCCAUGCAAGAUCUCUAGUCUGCUAGUUGGGCGAAUGAGGACAGGAAAAUUUCCGUGGAAAAAGGGUUGUAAUUGCGCCUCCAUUCCCCCACUACAUACCACCACCACUUAAAGGCUAGCACACUGUCAGACGUCAGACUCAAAUGUCUUUUUUCAGUCAACUUUAGUAGUGGGCCUUCAUUUAAUCAUUUCUGGUGGAAUCCAAGUGAAGGUGCGUGGCGGAAACGAAACCAUACAAGACUGCCAAGAAAAGGUUGACAAUGCCAAGUAUGGAGAUGACCCUAUCCAGAUAAACAGUGACGAUGUACUGAAGGCCUGUGUAGUGGGACUUGGCUCUUUGGGGAUAAUUUACUCUAUUACAUACCGCUGUGUUCCCGUGUACAAUCUGGAGGAGAUCAGAACCGUGGUAUAUCUACCCUGGACUGCAAUAGAGGAUUUCGAGGUCCCUCAAUCCUUUGCUGAAAUGUAUAGGAAAGAAGAGAAAGGAGAAUACUUCUCGUUUUUUGUAAAUCCAUACCCAAUAGGACAAGGGUAAGUCACUGGUGUCAUUAACUCGGGGAUUACCUCUGGAAAAUUUAAUCGGGAUGUGCGGCAUUUGUCCAAUUUUGAACCAAAAUAUUAGGGCGUUUUCCUACCCUCUUUCAGGCCAGGACCACUGUUUUCAAGGGACGAAAUGAUAAAAAAUGUUCCCAUUUCUAGACCCUUUUCACACAGAGCACAAAACCUUACCCUAUUUCAAAAAUCUGAUCCGAAUUUCAGACCGAAGAGAUGGAAAACUUUAGCCUUUAAACCGCACUUACCUACGGUAUAGACCUUGAAUAAUGGAGCACCCUAGGGGAAAAUUUUAUUAUCCUCUUGCCUUUUUUUCCUCAGGAUUAACAAGCAGAUCCACAUGGCCUACUUGAAAGCCAAGAGAACAGACAGGUCUCCCACGUGUUCUGCUUGCUGCUCAUGCUGUUGCAAUUGUUGUGGAGGUAGAGGAAUAGCUGAUAUAGGCUGCAUGCAGACAGACUGCACUGCUUCUUGUCUCCAGACAUGCGCCGAUUGCUGCCCGACCUGCAUUCCACGAAUCACCAAUUUUGGACUGUCACAGUUUUCGCUCAAAAAGCCGUAUGUGCAAAAGUGGUACAACGUGCCACAGUUUACGAAAGGCAAUAUUCAGUAAGUUACCGUGCAUAGACACCCGUGAAUACUAUAUCGUCAUGUAUCCAAUAAACCUAUUUGGCCCUCCAAUAGACCAUUUUCGAUAUAUUAAAAUUCAUACUUGGCUCCAAGGCUUGCGGGAAUAAAGCAAAAGAAAUGUAUUAUUCAUUGCUGAGCCUUAAGGUGAUUUCUUUUGUUUUAUUCCCCUAUGCCUCACAGCUAAGUUUGAAUUAAAAAAUUGCGGAAUUGGUCUAUUCUUGGACGAGAGUGUCUAAACAUCCCACGUGUUGCAAUCAAAAUUGCAGAUUACGCUCUGGUGCAGGUGGUGUAUUUCCCCGUUUUUUAAAUUGCUUGUAACGCUAGCAAAUUUAGUUUCCUCCCCAAUGUAUUGUAAACUGAGAACUGAGUAUUGAACGCGGACAGUUUAGUUCUUGUUUUUAGAGAUAUAACCACUUUAGCCAGCUACAGCCUCCUUAAUCUACUCAGUAUGUACAUACCGGUAUUUAUUUUCACAUUGUUUCAACACGUAAUCAUCGGUGAGUUUCAAAACUCAUCAAAGAAAUGUUCGAGUACCUCAAGUAUGCUUUCUCGUUGAAGAUCAAAGUAGGGUUAAAAAUCCAAAAGAAAGAAGACAGACUAAAAUAAUUAGACAAGUCAAUUAACUAGUAAGACAUAUAUUUUAACCGAGGGAUAUAAGAUACGUGGUAGUAGCCAGCAGACAUUUGUAUACGAAAAUUGUCCUCAGAAACCUUUUAAAAUUUCUCACGUACGGAUGUUCGCCGUUUUUUCUCGUUGUUGUUGUUGGUUUUGCAGGCUUGCUUUUUUGAUGUCUCCAUCAAACGCGUUCCUCGUGUUUUGCGAAAGCAUCAUUCGUUGGACAUGAAGAAACAGUAUGUUUAUAUGUAUAUUCUUGUUCCUCCUUCUAUUUUAAUAAGCGUGGCCACCGCAGAAUGGUGUUUGCCGCUGGAGCACCUGAAUCGUGCCUUGGCUAUGGUAAUGCAGUUGGCUCAAGAUUACGCAGUUAAGCACAAGCAGUACUCUUUGCUGCCGAUAUAUGUGAGACUAGUGAAGACGGAUGAUCUGUUUUUGAGCCCAGCUAGCAAGUUUAGACCUGACGGAAGCAGUAACAGUGAAUAUAACUGUUAUAUUGAGGUGAGAGCACAGGAAGGCCAUAGAAUAUGUAUACAUGUUUAACUGCAAAAUGACGUAGUAACUAAUCUGUGCUGCUUCAGAAGGGAUAUUUUGAGCGAUUUUAAGGGAUUAGAGUUUGUCAUGAUCAUUGGCUCAUUGUAACGUUAGUAAAAUCACAGUCAACUAUCUUUCAGUGGACACCUCCCUAAAACCGACACCAAGAUUUGGGCCCCUGCCGUUCCUUUGUCCUUUUCUCUGAUUCUGUACAAGACAGAUAGAUCCCUUUCUUUUGUUUUUGAAAUAAUUGAAUGUAUUCAAGCUAUAGCAAAUCCCACACUCUGAUUGGCCGACGCAAGAGACAGCAAUGAAAUGAAAAGGGGGGCAUUCAGGACCGUGCCACCAUUGUCGGUGGGUGGGUAGGAAGGAAACGAGGUGGCAUUAAAAGUUGAGUCUGGGCCCCAUCCUCGACAGUUAUUUCGCUUUUUAAGUUUAAACAUCCACGCCCCCAAAUAAUGUUGAAAGAAGUCUCCGCUGGCUUAAUAGAGCCUUUUCACUCACGUAACCAGAGGCUAUGCAAAUUUUUUGGAACCAAAGAAAGUUUUUACGUAAGGAAAGGUUCAACAUUCAAAGGAUUGGUCUGGGGCAUCAACACGACCGCUGUUUUUUAGGGACAUCAAUAUGGCGGACGUGACGUCAUGUGAAACACUCUAAAAACUCUUUUACUGUGCGUCACUUUAGGUACCAUUCCUCCCCGGAGCUUUCGGAACUGAAGAGUUUCAAGAGGUGGUGGAAAACAAACUCUUUGAAAAAUUCAAGGCAAGACCACACUGGGGAAAGAAUAACCGGCUUAACGAAAUGAAGAUCCGCGCUCUCUACGACAAUGAGAAGUUGCGCAAGUGGAGAGACGUGUACAGAAUGUUUAACAAGGGAGGGCAGUUUGACAAUCAGUUUACAAACAAAAUGGGUUUUAAUUUGUUUCAUUCUAUCGACGAGCAGCCUACUUCCUAG